GAGCUGUGUGGCAGUUCAGGGACAUGAUCCUCUGCACUGUACCUGACAGCUGGCCUAUUCUGGACUACGCUGACUAUGGCUGCUACUGUGGGCUGGGGGGUUCUGGCACACCUGUUGAUGAGCUUGACAGAUGCUGUCAGGUUCAUGACCAGUGCUACAAGGCUGCCAAUCGGCAUGAUGAAUGCUGGCCCAUCUUAGACAACCCCUACACUGAACUGUACAGCUACAGGUGUGACGAGGCCAGCAAGACCGUCACCUGUCUGGAACGCAACGAUCCCUGUGAGAAGUUUAUCUGUGAGUGUGACAGAGAAGCAGCCAUGUGCUUCGCCAAUGCAGAUUAUAAUGAAGAAAAUGCCCACCUUCCUAGUGCCCGCUGCAAGUAAGCAGAGGGACUAAAGAGUGUCUUUAUUAAAGAUUCUUAAAACAGGUGUCAUUGUAUUCAUCAUUACUAUUUUAUUGUCAAACCAAAACCUCACAAUAUAC